GAUUAAACAAUCGAGAAAGAUAUAGGAGGAGCAGAGUGCUUCAGCUGCUUGAGAUAGAUCGAGAGAAAUGGCGACAGAAGGAGCUUCGGAGCAAUCACUAUGGCAAGGAUUCAAAGAUUUCUGGAGCGAGAGAUUUAGGAUCUUGGAUGGUUAUCACCCUUACAUCCGCCGCCAAAACCCUCUUCCGUCAUGGUCCUCCUCCGAUGUCGAAGAAUUUAUCGCUUCCGAUCCCGUCCACGGUCCCGUCCUUAAAACAACCCGUGAUGCUGUGAAAUUUCUUGCUGUUGGAGGCAUACUUGGAGCUGUGUCAACUGGUGGAUUUGCAUGGAAAUAUUCAAAAAGUCCCCAUGGUGCGGCGUUGUCAUUGGCAGCAGGAGCAGUGUUUGGGAUGAGUUUUGGGCAAGAAAUUGCAAAUCACUCUCUUCAGUUAUACAGGUUGGACACCAUGGCUGCCCAGGUCAAGUUCAUGGAAUGGUGGGAGAAGAAGGCAGGAGGACGCUUUUAAAACUUUGUGUUGUUGAGAAACUUGAAGCAUGUCUGAAAUAAAUAUUUUAGGUAGUUUCCAUGUUUUGAAACCCUAAAUAUUGUUCUUUGUUGGUGGGUUGUUUUAAUGGUUAUAUUUGAAUUAGGUUUUCGGAAGGAAGCUGUAUGACUUUUUAAAUAAACUUCUUGAUUGAUAGACAAUCUGUCAAUAUAAUUGCAACUCUAAUUUGAAGUUUUUUGAGAGUUCAA